UACAUAAUUUAGCGUCAAGAAGCCCCUCCCCCUUACUACAGCGGCCGCCCGCAGUGGGACCCUAGGCAUGCUUGAGGAUUGACCAUGUGGCGCCCCUUAGCUCUACUAGGAGCGCUUGUCCUGCUGGAGGUCGUCACCUCCACCGUCGUCGCCGAGGACUCUCCCGCCAGGACCAAGAGACUCACCACCUUCGGCAAGACCCCAGCCACCGAGACAGACCCCAAAACUCCCAGAGGAAAGGAGUGCCGCGUAGAGGAGGACUGCGCCGCUCUGGAGUUCACCACCUGCAAGAAGGACACUGACAACAAGAAGCGGUGUCUAUGUUACGACCUGCAGCCACCAGCCAACGGGGAGUGCGCCACCAAGAAGAGAGAUGUUCGUGGAUAUGUCCUGAUCGGGAACAAACGCCCACCAAAAGAACUGCACCAGCCCUGUAACUACGACCACGAGUGUAUCCACGGGGCGGAGUGUGUGGUCAACAGUACAGUCAAGGCCAACGAGAAGCGAUGCUACUGCAGAUUCGGCUACGAGGAGGAGGACAACCAAUGCAACAGUGGACACAAAACCAACGCCUGGAUCUCGCUGAUGCUGUUCAUCUCGCUAGCGAUCGCCACAUUACACACAAACUGAGACCCUUAGUUCCACCUAGGUCCUACGAGCACCCCAUCCUCCAACUUUGGUUUUGCUUACAUCAUCUUAUAACUUAUUGUGUGUCCAUUCCAAGACACAAUUCUUAUAAUUUCCAAUCAUCAAUUUAAAAGUUUCAAUUUUUAAUCAUGUAUUUCUAUUUCCGUUUUACCAUGUUGUGCAGUAAUGUAGAUUAUAAACCUAGGUAUUAUUUUAUCAGCAUACAUAGCGACUAUUUUUAAUGUUGACAGCAUAUAAAUGUACAUAGGCUGGAUUGUAGUUAUGAGUGUAACUUGUAUAAUAGGAAAUUUAAUUAAGAAAAUCCGUCCACACUGUCAACUCUUGGAGUAUUUUUAAGAGGAAUAUUAUUCUAAAAUAACAACAUUUUAUCCAGGGAUUUUGUAGUUGUAAGAAAAAACUCGAUUUGUCAAAAAAAAACUGAUUACUAUUUCAUUACAAUUAUAUUUAGUGGUUGAACUUAUUUAAAAAAUAACACUAAAUGAUCAAUUAAAAAACGUUUUAAAAUACAUGAAUAAUAUUAAUUACAUGUAGGAACUGCAAUAUUGGGAUGAAAAAUAUUUUAAUGAAUUUUCUUCAUUAAUAAACUACUACUUUUGGGUUUUGUGUAUCAUCUACUUCUUUAACCAACAACAUGAGAUUGGUUGCUAUUACAGGCUUAAAAGUUAAUCCUUCGCCACAUCCUACUAAAGUUCGGCCGCUUAGAAAACGACCUGCUCGCUAAUGCUAAACCAAUGCUGGAGGAGGUCGCUUUCUAAGCGGCCGAACUAAUAAUUUUUGAACGAAUGAAAUAGUAAAAAAUGUUCCCUUAAAUAAGUGCAUUUCUAUAAAUGUAAAAGUUAUUUUACUUAAGUAUAACUAAAAAUGUUCAAUCUAUAAAGAAUUUGUAAUUUAGGCUGCUAAAACAAAGUUCUGGCAAUCUUUAGAGUUGAGUUGACAGCACCCAAAGAUUCUUUCUGAAGAGUUCUUUAUAACUUAACCAAUAUUAUGACAAUGUGGCUUUGCAUUUUAUCACUGACUGUUUUGGCAUAAGUUGAUAAAUAUUUUGUCAUUUAUGAUGUUCAUCAAUUAAAAAUUUAAUGAUUAAACUGUUUUUCCAUUUUUCAAAGAACUACCAUAAAAUGAUCUAAUACUUCAUAAUGAAUAUGUUUAAUUUGUGUUUUGUUUUAUAAAUCAUAAUAUGACAAACAUAUUAUUACAUUAUUAGGAUGAAAUGCAUAUUGUUAACUAAGAUGGGUAAGAACUCUUUUUAACAACAAAGCUUGAACUAAAUCGAUUUAUUGUGUCAUUAUAUAGCUUAGUAGUACUAAAAAAAUAUGAAAUAUUUUAAUGUAUUUUAAGUAAAAUAUUGUAGAUUUAUUUGUUUAAUAAAACAUUUUGGAGUAAAAUGUUA